UGGUUUCGAUAAAAAAGGCCGAAGUGCUCCGAAUGUUUAAAAACGAAACAAGGGAAGUGGCAAAAUUGAAUUUACUUGAAAAUGACAUUACCUACAUGUUGACAUCAGGAAUACGAGGUAUUGAAGACAAUCUCAUGGCAAAACAAUGGCCUCUUAUCGGGAGUUAUUAAAUGAUAAGGAAGCCCAGAACUGGAUAAAGGCCGCCCUCGCCCUCAACAUCACCAAGAAGGGUUUACAAGGUUUUGUUGAAGAUGUGCUGACAUGCGUUCAUCAGGACAUCUAUCACAACGUUAGAACAUCCAAGGGUCUUCCAGGCGGGGCAGCAUGUGCACAUUGUUUCACCGAGAACGUGUUGAAGUGCUUCACUCCUAAGCUAUGCACAAGUAAAAAAAACUGCAAAUUUCAUAACGGCCCUUCAAAACAGUAUGUUCCUUGUCCAAAUGGGAUUUGUGAAGGCGUCCGUGAUGAAAUAGUCAAACAUCACAGGUUUUCGGGACCAUCAUGGAAGAAUACGAAUGCCAAAAAAUGGUGUACCAUUCCCUGGGAGAUAGGCAAGUGUUUCCUGCCUCCUGAUGGCUAUAAGGGAGUGUCCGCCAUCAACGACAGUGACUUCAACGGCGUGAUCAGCGUCAUGAUGAAUUGCAAGGAUUUUGAAACUAAGCUGUCUGUUAAGACAGCGCAAAAUGUAUUAACAGAGGUUCGGGACAUUGGUCGAUGCGUACGCCACUCCAAUGACCAGAAGGUCACGGACGAUGAUCUAAAGGAAUUCCUGAUCAAGCUACGCACCCUGCUGGAGGAUAAGACUGAACUAGCCAACCGACCCGAUGCACAACACGCCGUGGAACAGCUUAAGAAGCUGCAAACAGACGAUUUCAAGAUUAUUGCUGAGAACGAAGGGGAGAUGUUGAAGGAAGGAUUACGACUACGUUUGGCAAACUAUUACCGAACCACUUUGGCCGACAUGCCGAUAUCUCCCAUUUUCAGAGAAAAGAAUGCCAAACUCAACAAAUUCUACGUGGCACCGAAAAUUGUGGAGAAAAAUCAUAGAAAAAUCGGCAAAAAUGACAAGGAAGGAAGCGGUAAAGAUGUUGUAAAAUUUUCAGAUGUUUUCCUAGAAAAAGGUCAGUUGCUCAGAAAUGUUUUCCUUGUUGGUGAACCGGGCAAUGGCAAAUCCACAUUCUCCGUAAUGUGUGCCCUGGAAUGGACUCACCAGUAUUUACCAGCGGAGGAAAACGUCGGUAUUAAAACAAGCUAUGUCGACCCAGAAUUCUUCAAAGAGUUUGCAUUUUUGUUUCAUGUCACCCUACGAGAUUCAGGUAAAACGUGUGAUCUAGCAGAAAUGAUCAAGGAUCAACUUAUACGUAAAAUCUACCACGAGAUGGAUGCCGAUGAUGGAUUCCGGCUUUUGCAGACGGUGCUGGAAAGUGAGAAAUGUUUGAUCAUAGCUGACGGCCUCGACGAAUGGACCCAUCCGGAAAACGUAAACUGUACCUGCAAAACUGAGGAAAAAGUCAUCCCUUUCCGAAAUUCGGCCAACAAGGCCACACUCCUCACGACAACGCGUCCCUGGCGAAUGUCACAGUUCAGAGUGCAGGAUUCAAAGAUCGACAAAUAUCUUGAAAUAGAAGGAGCUGCAGACAAAAGGCAACUCGUGGAAAAUAUCAUCACCAUUCUUAAUGAGGAUUCUGAGGAUGAACGGACACCAGAGGAUUUCAUGGAAAUGGUGUCAGAGAAGGAUCUUAAAGGAUUAUUAUCAGCACCUAUCAGUAUCACCCAGCUCGUGUGCCUGUGGUUCGAGGGCAAUUCGUUAACCGAUUCAAAGUGUGACAUUUAUGCUGGCGUGAUAAACAUGCUAUCAUGUAGACUUAGUUAUAUGCAAAGCGGGCAUAACAUUCCGGAAAUUGAACUGCCAUCUCUAUUAAAGGAACAUGAAUGCUUCGUGAAAAAUCCCAUGGUUUACCUUGCGCUGGCAAAUUUGGCAUACACAACUUUGUAUUCAGAGUGCAGAGAUUCGUCUGUAGUAUUCAGCAACAAAACAGUCAACGCUUUGUUAAGCGGGGAGCAGGUUGAAUUUGCAUUAAAGUCCGGCUUACUCACGGAGAAGAAAUCCAACUCAUUGAUCAAGAGAUCAUCUUACUUUUCAUUCUUUCAUAAAACACUUCAAGAGUUUUUAGCGGCUCUUCAUUUAUGUUUAAAUGAAAACGACUUCAGUCAGCUAUCAAGCAAGUACGAACAAGAUAAUAAGGAAAAUAUCUUGGGAGAUGUUUCUCAGACAUUUAUUUUCAUAUGUGGAAUGAAGCCCGAGCUCGGUGUGCAAAUGUCUUCAUGGAUCAAUAGUUCAUACCAACCAUCACUCGACGAUCGAGGGGUUUUUCUAUUACAGUCCCUGAUUCUCUCCGGACACCGUGAAGCCAGGGCGAACAACUAUGGCGACAUACCGCUCUAUCUCGCACACUUUGCUAUUUAUAUGAACGACGAUGAGGAAGUGUUAACAAAGCUGAUGAUGAUAAACAAGGAACGUAUUCAGUCACUAGAAAUCGGUAAAUGUUCUGUUUAUAGGGAAAAUCUGCAGGAGGUGAUCACAUCCUCCUCCGACUCCCUCAAAGCAGUGUCACUGGAGAACCGUGAUGGGCAGUAUGACCUGUCCCAGUGUCACAGGCUGGAAUAUCUGGGUAUAUCGGGAUGCUAUACAACACGUUUGCAGGUUGAUCCAACACAUAUUACAUCAUGUAACUUAUAUGGUGUAUCAUCGAAUGUUGAGAUGUACAUAUUUAGAUUAUUUAAACACCAUCAAAGGUGGAGUAAACUACAACGUGUUGAGUUAGAGAGCGUUCAGAAUGUCCAGUUACUUGUGGACACAUUACCAAGUCUCCCUCAGUUACAACGCCUUGAGAUAUGGCGUACAGAUCUAGGUGAGCUCCACCUCCUCCCUCCAGCCUCCAUCACCGAUAUUACACUAAAUCAGGUGACAAUGACAGCGGGGGCGGUGCGGAGUCUGAUAGAGACGAUGAAGAACAUACCACACACCAUUACAUGCGACAUGCAGUUCUGCACGGUGAAACCUGCCAGUGAGAUGAAAGAUAUCCGAGAACAUAUGGACAGUUCGCCGUCAUUCAAGGUUCUCAGAUUUAACGAUACGUGUAGAUUUAACGAUACGUGUCAAUUGCUUCAUUUCCAAUCCACCAUAAUGUGAACAAUAAGUUGAAAAUUAGCAUCGAUUAUGGGAAUUCAUAUUUGAUGAAAAACAGUGAAACAAUCAAUGAAAGUGUCAGUCUAUUUAUAGAAAUAAAUGUCACUUUUCCCGGAACUAAUUAUCAUCAACUACUUUCUAUGUGUAUUCAGUUAAUUUGAUUUAUGUUGUGUAUUUACAUGCAUCCUAAAAUAGAUUUAACUGUACACAGCAAUGUCGUUGGGGCAGGUGUUGUUAAAUAUAUCUGAUGGGGAUGAAAACUUUCUUUUUUAAUUGUAACACAACAGUCCGUAAUCAACACGUGCAAUAGUCGGUUUAACUUGAUCGACAUUUUUUAAAAGAAUCUCUUAAUAAAGCAACUCAUUUCCUAGUUUAAAGCGAUAUCAUUUACUACGCUUAUGGAUUAUGAAUUAAUGGGGGAAUAUUUAGUUUUUUCUUUAUAUUCUGUAUUAGAGGAGUAUACCAAUAAUACGUUGACUUUUUAUGCCCCCACAAAGUGGCGGCAUAUAGGGUUGCCCUUGUCCGUACGUACGUCUGUCUGUCUGUACGUACGUACGUCCCGAAGAUUGUUUCCGAUCUAAUUCUUGAAAACCGUUUGUCCAAUCCUCACCAAACUUUAAACACAUGUUUGUGACCAUAAUAUCUUGAUCAAGUUCGAUAGUCAUGGAAAUCGCUUUAGUCAUUUAGGAGUUACGGCCCUUUAUUGCCAAAAAUACUUCAAAAAUAUAUGUUUCCAAUCUAAUUCUUGAAAAGUAUGUGUCCAAUCCUCACCAAACUUUACAUACAUGAUUGUGACCAUAAUAUCUUGAUCAAGUUCGAUAGCCAUGGAAAUCGCUUUUGUCAUUUAGGAGUUACGGCCCUUUAUUUGCAAAAAAAGACUUGAAAAAUACGUCCCGAAGAUUGUUUCCGAUCUAUUUCUUGAAAACUGUUUGUCCAGUCCUCACCAAACUUUUAACACAUGUUUGUGACCACAAUAUCUUGAUCAAGUUCGAUAGCCAUGGAAAUCGCUUUAAUCAUUUAUCCUGAAUAAUCAUUAUGGCUUAUUUUCUGUGACAAAAAAUCGAAGUGGGGGCAUCCGUGUCCUAUGGACACAUUUCUAGUUAUGUUUAUAAUCGAUUACAUAAAUUUCACAUUAUUAUGAAAUCUACAAAAUGAUAUUAUGAAUGAAUAACCAAACAUUGAGUAGAUUUAGUUACCUAAAUAAUAGAAUAUA